UCGGAGGAACAAAUGGUGUCAAUGCCCGCACAUUACGUGCGUAGCGCACACGGGAUUUUCUAGUAACCACAGCUUGGACCACUGGCUUGUCUGUUGGCAACGCCUCUUAACGGAUAAACAAAGUCGAAAUCCCGGCGUUGCGUGAUGGUAUGACCGCAAGCUUACGAUGCGUGUCGCGCAUUGGUAGACUGGAUAAAGAGUCAAUGCCCAAGCCUAAGAGUAGCGUUCAUGAUGGCUGCGCCGGUGGCAGAUCGUAUUACGGAGAAAGGAAAUGGCUCCGUGUCGGAUUUUCGGGCAUGAGAGUUGGGGGCGGGCAACAUGGUGAUUUGGUUGCAGGUGAGAAGUGAGAGGACUUCGGGCGCUCCCGAGAAAUGCACGGGCUAGGUAGGUUUGCCGGACUUUUGCCGCGUAACGUGAAUCUUCCGGGCAACGUCGCGCAUCACAGCAGGACUGGCACCAAACUGCGCGACAACACACCAACGCUUUCGAAAAUGGCGUCGCAGCUCCUGCCUCUGGGUAAGUUUCACCCGAAAAGUCUGGAUAUGAUAUCUGACCGGGAUUCUAGAAUUGAUCGACAAGUGCGUCGGGUCCAAGAUAUGGGUGGUCAUGAAGGGCGACAAGGGUAAGGCCGUCCCAUGUCUGUACACGCAGAAUCGCUUGCCAACUGACCUUGUUCUUAGAGUUCAGC